CGCGAUCUUGGGCAGGCGCGGUGAGACCGACGGAGUCACAUGAAGAAUGGAACGGAUUACACCAACUCCCCACGAGGGACUGUGCACUCUGCUGCUUCCAGGAAGACAGCAUUCUCGUCCUCGUCCAAGCUUCAGAUCAAGCGCCAAACUUCGUCAUCGUCGUCGGUAGUGGGGCGCACACGGCCGCUAGCAAGCAACGACGACGACGACGACCGUGACUCCAUCACAAGUCACAUGAGUACAGUGAGCGGACGGUAUGGGUCGAACUUUAAAGUGGUGAUUCGUGUCCGUCCGCCGCUGCCUCGGGAACUGCAAGGCGACAAGCCGUUCCAAAACAUCGUGUCGGUGGAUUCGUCUGGCCAUUACUUGACCGUCUCCGACAGCAACCACCACCACAAUCCGUCGUCAAACGACGACCAACAGGGCAACUCCUCAUCGUCAUCCUCUUCGUACUCGAACCAUUCGUUCUCGUUCGACCACGUAUACGACCAGCACAGCACGCAGCGCGCCGUGUACGAGAACACGGCCAAGGCGGUGGUCGAGUCAUCUCUGGAAGGGUACAACGCGACGAUCUUCGCGUACGGCCAGACGGGCACGGGCAAGACGUACACGAUGGAAGGGUUCAACAGCAGCGGGGGGUCGUCGUUGGAGGACCGCGGCAUCAUCCCCCGCGCGAUCGAGCAAAUCUUCAUGCACAUCCAAGCCAACAUGAGCGCGCGCAUGCGGUUCCUCGUGCGCGCGAGCUACCUUCAGAUCUACAACGAGUCCAUUUCCGACUUGCUGAAACCAGAACGCAACAACUUGACGAUCCGCGAAGACAAGAAGCGCGGCGUGUUUGUCGAGGGGCUGUCCGAGUGGGUGGUGCGGUCACCCGAAGAAAUUUACGGGCUCAUGGAGCGGGGCGGCGCGAUGCGGGCCACGGGAAGCACCAAGAUGAACGAGAUCUCGUCCCGAUCCCACGCCGUGUUUAUCAUCAUCGCCGAGCAAAGCCAGACCACGUACGUCGACACCACUGGCAAGGAGGUCGCCCCGGACGAGUUUACAGCGCUCGUCAACACGCAGGCGCGGGACCGGACCAAGCUCGAGUCGCUUGUGCGCCAGAGCUUCAAGGUCGGCAAGCUCAACCUGGUCGACUUGGCCGGGUCGGAGCGCGUGCGGCUGUCGGGGGCGACCGGUCAGCGCCUCGAAGAAAGCAAGAAGAUCAACCAGUCGUUGUCGGCCCUUGGAAACGUCAUCGCCGCGCUCACGGAUACCCGGGGGCGGCAGCACAUUCCGUACCGCGACUCGAAACUGACGCGGAUCCUCGAAGACUCGCUGGGCGGCAACUGCAAGACCACAAUGAUGGCCAUGAUUUCGCCGGCGCUGGAAGCCAUCGUCGAGAGUCUGUCGACGCUCAAGUUUGCAAAUAGAGCCAAGAACAUCAAGAACGAGGCGCGGGUGAACGAAGACUUGGACCAAAAGUCGCUGCUGCGCAAGUACGAGCGCGAGCUCAAGCGUCUCCGGGCCGAGUUGGAGGAGAAGAACCGCAACGUCGUGGACAAGCGGCGGCUGCUCGAACUGGACGAGCAGCGGCGGCGCGCCGAAGAGGACAAGAUGGCGGCGAUCCGGGCGCUGGAACAACGCAGUCUCGAGUUCAUGCUUGAGAAAGAGGAGAAGAAGAAGCUCGAGCAGCGCAUCGUGAUGCUGACGUCGCAGAUGCUCAUGAGUCAUGGCAAUAAGCCCCGACCAGACAACGAUAGUACCACCGACACGAGCGAGUUCUCGACCGAGGACCCGCAGUUUCGCAUUGCGUUGAAGGAACAACAAGACCGCAUUCGAAAAGAGUACGAGUGCCGACUCGCGGACUUGGAAAAGGAGCGCGAGACGAUCGAGGAGGAAAAAGCUCAAGUGGACCGAUACAAGCAGUUGCUGCUCAAACAGCGAGACAUCAUGAUUGCGUUGACCCAGCGCUUGAACGAGCGCGACGAGCAGAUCAUGGCGUUGCAGGACGAGCUCGACGCGUAUGACAGGCACCAGAAAGCGCUCGAAGAAAAGCUCGACGAGAAGACGGCGCAAUUGAUUCAUCUCCAGAGAGUCACCAUGGAGCACAAUGCGACGUCGCCCAACAAGAACGCAGAGCUCAUCCGGGCGCUGGGCGAGUGGGGGUUCAAGCAGACCCAGAGACAGCAGCUGCUCCAAGGUCCGUCGUCGUCGGUCGAUGGAAGCACGCUGUCGCCGCACCUGCUCACAACGCACAAGCAGUUUUUACCCCACGAACCACCGUACCCCAUGAACAACAACCACCACCCCGAGGUCACCAAGUCGCCGCCCAAGGGUCUGCUGCUCUCGGCCGAUGAAAAGAUCCACGAGCUACAAGACGUCGUGACAAGUCAGAGCCUAGAGCUGGCCAAAGCCGCCAAAGAACUGGACGAAGUGCGCGCGGACAAGGUCUGCGUCGAGUCCGAAGUGCGGGAACGCGUGGAGAAAAUGGUGCAAAUGGAACUGCACCAGCAAGGACAAGCGACGUCGGCCAAGUACCAGCGCCGCAUCCACGAGCUCGAGUCGACCGCAAAACUGUGCGGAGAUUUGCAAGGGAGAUGCGACACCCUCACCAAGGAGCGCAAGGCGGUGCAGACGAUCAUGGAGCAAAAGAUCAAGGCCCUUGUCGAUGCCAUCGCCCGAGCCAGUGACGCCACGCUCGAGACAGUGGGCGGUGUCGCUCACGUCGGCGAGCCCGCCAAGUGGCUAUGCCGCGAAGUGGCUGCGCUGCAACGGCUGGUGAAUGCAUCGAUUGUGGCGCUUCGCAACGCCAACAACUCUGAAAAAAGCUCGGCGUCGACUGCAUCUACCGAAAAGCAGACCCCAGUCCAACCCCCAGCAGUGCCCCCGUCGCCCCCGCAGGCCGACACGAAGCGACCGGCGCUGUCGUCGUACGUGACGGGGGGGCUGUCGGUGGAAGAGUUGAUCCACAAGCGACGACAGCAGAUGCAGCGUGAGAAGCACCAGCGCCACCACACUUGAGCAAGCCACAGGCAAAAAUAUAUAUGGCAGCGAAAGUGUUGGAUUUGACAUUGCCCAAACAACAGCAAUAUUAUCAAUAUAUCAUCCAACAGAGUCGAUG